UUCAAUCAGUUGAUAUCGAUUCUUCUCCAGAACACCUCAAGAUGAAACUGUUAGUACUUUGUUCAUUUGCAGCUGUGCUAGCUGUCAGCACCUGUAAAGCAUCCGGCUUUCCGGAUAAUUCUUUCGCCCAUCUCAAUUCGCUGACUCAAUACCAUAUUCAAGAAACGCAACAACGCGAGGUUCUCUCCCGAGGAUUGGUUCAGCACGUUUUGAACGCAUUCAACUUCAUCAUCGAACAGGCAGAGAAGGCAAUCCAGGGGUUGAUCCAACAGUCGGACAAACUGCUUGACGAUGCCACCAAACAGGGAGAGCAAUUGUUGGAAGAAGCCAUCAACAGCAUCAACAAAGCUGUUGACGAGGCCAAAGAGAGUAUGGUUAGUAGCAAAGGACCGAUAACCGAUUGUUUGGCCGUUUUCCCUGCCCGCCUGGAAGAGAUCGCUCAAAACGCCGUCGACAAUGCAAAGAAGUGUUUCGAAGAUUUCGUCGCUCGUUUGAAGAUUGUGCGCAGCAACGUUAAAGAGCACGUGGAUUUCUUCCUGAAGAAGAUCAAGGAAAUUCAGGCUUUGGGUCAGAAGUGCGUCGACGAUAAUUCAGACUUCAUCGGCCAGGUGAAAUGCAUCUUGGGACAGAUUCCGGAAACCAACGAGAUUGUGGUUGAAAUCUUGAAGGAUAUUGCUGAUCUGCUCGCUGAAACGUUACAAGAAUCGAUCUCACUCCUGAACGAUACCCGCGGAUGUUUGCUGGAUGUCGUCCGACAGGUUACUAACGAUGUCCAGAAGGUGUUGGGCGAGUUCAAAGAGUGCGUUCAGCAGUAAUAGUAAUGCGUAAUGCGUAAUGCGUUGGUGGCUUGCAAAGUGAAGAAGGGCAACGAGAGUUGUGAUUUAUAUUUUAUUUAACUGCAAAUUAAAAUAUAUUUUUUAGAUUGAAUUCGUGUUA